CGUCACUGCCCACAAGCUUCCACCUGGCCAGGUUAAACAGCCUAAAGUAAACAGAAGUUUGCGCCGUCCGUCCAUAUUGUGUAUCCCCCCACCACACAGCGAUAGCUUCUACACACCGUACUAAGGUUGACUGCUUCUGGAUUAUUCACCUUGCAUUUCGAUCAUUUUGAAAAAGAAAAAAAAACCCAUGGCUCCCGCCCCUACUCCCGUUGGCCAGCUGGUCGACUUUACGCAAGAGAGUUUUAUUGUCUCGGCAUGCUCGAUCGCAUUUAACCCUCUCUUCUGGAACAUUGUCGCGAGACAGGAAUACCACAACAAGGUUUUGACGCGCCUCUUCGGAGGCCGCAGCCAGACCGCUUGCUACUUCCUCGCCGCCACCAUCUUCUCCCUCGGCAUCGUCCGCGACCUCUUGUACGAGCGCGCUCUGCGCAACCAGCCCUCGCACCCGCUCCUCGACAAUGAACUGGCAACAUACAUUGGAUACGCCCUGGUGGCUUGCGGCAACAUCCUCGUCGUGUCCUCGACGUGGCAGCUGGGCAUCACGGGCACGUUCCUGGGCGACUACUUUGGCAUCCUGAUGGACCACAUGGUCACGGGCUUCCCGUUCAACGUCACCGAUGCGCCCAUGUACUACGGCAGCACCAUGAGCUUCCUCGGAGCCGCUCUGAUCUAUGGAAAGCCGGCGGGCGUGUGGUUGACGGCUUGGGUGCUCAUGGUGUACAAGGUUGCACUUUCGUACGAGAACCCUUUUACGUCGGAAAUCUAUGCCAAGAGGGAGCGGGAGCGGGCUGCCGAGAAGACCGAGUUAAAGAAGACUCGUUAAUGGAGUUCGGUUGUGGUCUUGGACCUUCCAGCUUCCUGGGCAGGAACAGUUGUCGUGGGGGACAGUGGUAUGGGCGGGUUUCAAGGAGGUCGCGCGAUCACUCCUCUUACAGGGAAUGAGUGGUGCGUUAGUACAGGUUGGAAAGUCUGAGGAAGGACUAGACAACCUGUGGUGUUUUUUGGCGCAACUCGAAGGAAAAUGGUGGGCGCGCGUGCUUUCGUUCUCAACGGCGUUUCGGUAGCACAGCAUAGCGUGCAAAAAAGGGACAUUUUGUGUGGCCUGCCUGGCUUGGUCAGGUUGGUAGUUUAGCUAUUAAGGUACCCAAUAUGGCAUUCAACUGCCGUCACAUCACUAUUUGGCAAUUGCCCAUCGGGCUAAUAAAAAAUGACAUGGAGAAUACUUACUGGUUCUCAGCAAACAUGCGUCUGAUGCUCAUGUGGAUGAAUAGAAUAGCAGCGUCUAUAGUACUUACGCACUUGCAAG